GUCCUCGCCGCAAUCAUUUCUAGUAAUCCAUACACAAACAGGAGGAUGGUGUAGUCAAAUUGCUGCGAUAUUUAUCCCGAUUCUGAGCUCUCAGAAGCUUUCCUUUCAUUUUCGUUGAUCCCUGCCAAUAACCAAAUAUACAAAGAUGGCAGCGGUUACACCGAAAACGAUUGUGAUUACGACUUUGCCACGAAAAUCGACCAUAGGAACGCAACAACAUCAAAUGUCUGCCAUCACAAGACCCAUGGCAGCUGUUCUCGGCUCGCCAGACAUGACUGCCGAUGGACAACCUCGAAAACGUCGGCGGUUGACACAUCUCAGUCCAGAAGAGCGGAUGCUAAGAAGAAAACUGAAGAAUAGAGUUGCUGCCCAGACUGCCCGUGACCGGAAAAAGGCCAAGAUGUCUGAAUUAGAAGAAGUGGUUGCAGAGCUAGAGGAAGAAAACAAAAAGCUGGCAGAAGAGAAUGCCAAACUUUUGAGACGAACAGGAGCCCUUACAACAGAAAACAUGACAUUACGAGAUCGGCUUGGGCAACAGCCCUUGGUUAAGAAAGAGCACACACCCCGCGAGUCUGCUGUACUCAAUGUUUCUCUGCCGCAGGAACAGGUGUUUGCUCUUUCUCAACUAAUGGCACAUUGCAGGGCAAUUCUACUGACGCUGAGUCUGACAUACUGCUUGGUUUACUCGAAGAAAUCAGCGCAAACACUGACGCAGUCAUUAGUAGUCGAGGAAUAUCUACACAAGGAGCCCAGCAGCCCAUUACAACACACAGCGCCUCCUCACAAAUGGUGGGGGGCACCAAAAGAAUUGGAAUCCGUCAAUGAACUGAUUAAGUUUGAUCAUGUCUACUUCAAAUCUGAACCAGCAACGUUAAACGCAAUGACACAAAUGCCAAUUGCCAUGGAAACCCAGUCUGUUGAUGGAGUUGUCCCUGUCGUGCAAAACAGUGGAAACAAACAAGAAUAUAAUAAUGACUCUCAUAUGCCAGAGAAUGUUAUCAGCAUCAAGGACUUUGAGUCAUUGGAAAGUUUACUCUCAGAGGAUUGGAUUUCUAUGGUAACAGACAAUUGUGACACGAUUUCCAAGGACAAAUUAUCAGGAGCUAGUGCUGCCUUACACCAGCCCUUAGAUUGUACCAAGGUGCAGUCACAGGCAAGAAGUGGCUCACAUGCCAUUAAUAUGCAUCAGGACACAACGAAACUGGCCCCGGUUGGCACCAUGGACAAUAUGUGUGCAGGAUCGCUGAGUGACUCUGGUUUAAGUGACUACAGCUACAGUGAUGUUGGGUCACCUAAUAGUGUUGGUUCGUCUAUGUUGAGUGAUGAUGCAUGGGAGGAGUCAUUUGGUGAAUUGUUCCCAUGUUUAUUGUAAAUUAAAUGUAACGUUUUAACUCUGCUGUUCACCGGGGUAAAGUGGCGAAAUGAACACAAUCUCACCACUUUUAAAAGUAGUGGUGACUUGGGUCAAAUUUCAUUUUGAUGAGGAUGGUGUCUUUUACACAAUAUUGUAAUCUUUGUGAACAGCAGAGGUUUAAAAAAAUUUAGAAGUGUAAAUAGUAUAUUUAUUUUUUUGUCAAAAAGUUGUGGUCUAUGUGGGAAUAUAUUGCAUCAGUUUAACACAAGCAGGUCUAUUAUCAAGAAUGUCGUAAGGAACAGAUUGUUACUUGUACCACUGUGGAGUUGCCAGUAAUAUCUUGAAGACUAAAGUACAUUUUGGAUCAUAUUACUCAUUAGACAGUCAAAAACACAUUUGGUGAUUGUAGGUCUAACUUUUCUUCCUUCCGAUACCAUGGAUAUUAAAGGAAAAGUGCAGAUUGCACUAUACAUCAUGUUGUGCAGUAAUCAUUCUGAUCAAUUUAGAUAUCAUCUUCGGAUGUCAGAAUGCCAUCCGUGCAUCUCCUCAUCUUGUGGUGUAUUAAGGGAGGAAAAGAAGUCUAAUAAUGAAAGGAUUCGUCAAUUUACCAUUUCUCCAGUCUGCUGUUGGUGUUGGUGCAGGAUGUCAGUUUUCAACACGGUGUUUGUGACUCUGUUAUCUUGUUAAAAGUAUUGCUGUUAUAGUUUCAGAACUUAUUGUCUCAAUGCAUGGACUGACCCUCCGGUUGAGUUGGCCUAUAUUUACACAUUUACAAAUGGACUGAAAGUGCAAUGAGAAAUUGAUUGACCGCUAUUCUUUUACAGGUAUUUUGAGACCAUGUAAGUAGGUGUCAUUUGUGGGAAUUACCAAACUUUACAAAUUUGCAGAAACUGACCUAGGACUAUUCCUAUUAUCAGUGGUGUACAUAUCUAAUUUGUCCUUGGAAAUAAAAAGCAUUUAGUUGCUAGUUCAUACCA